GCCAAACCGGGCAGUUUCCACGAUUUGACCAUUUUUUUUGCUCAUCCCUACCGGCUGCUGCUGGCGGCCGCCUAGCGGGCAGCGGGCGGAGCGCUCGUUAUCCUCUCUCUUCCCUCUGCUGGGGCCCCCUCCCAUUGCUUGGGUUGGGAAGAAUUGCAGGAAAUCGUUCGUUCUUCCUAUUCAUUUAUUUUCUCACUUUCCGGUCCCCCCUCUAGCACACGGCAAUCGGCCCUACGCACCGGGGACGAAGCGUGGAGGUGCCUCUGCUUCCAUGGCCAUGGCCGUGGCGAUGGCCACUGUCGCUCGAAUCUCGCGUCACUACUACCUUCCAGUUUUGGUAUCCCUUAAGCCUCAUCAUGGGCUCCUCCCCUUUCGCCGCCGUCACUUUUCGCGGACCGUACGCUCAUUCCCCUCCACUUCGCGUCGCCCUUUCACCAUUGCAGCUUCAACCUCUUCACGCUUGGGUAAUCAUGCUGAAGUAUCCGAUGAGAGGUAUGAUGUUAUUGUGGUAGGAGGAGGGCACGCAGGCUGUGAAGCUGCCCUUGCGUCUGCUCGUUUAGGGGCAAAAACACUUCUCCUCACUCUAAAUAUUGAUCGCAUUGCAUGGCAGCCUUGCAAUCCAGCCGUUGGUGGACCUGCAAAGUCACAACUGGUACAUGAAGUUGAUGCAUUGGGUGGUGAAAUUGGAAAAGUUGCUGAUAGAUGUUAUUUGCAAAAGCGUGUUCUCAAUGUCUCAAGGGGACCUGCUGUUAGGGCAUUGCGUGCUCAGACUGAUAAGAGGGAAUAUGCUAUGCAUAUGAGACACAUUGUGGAGAGCACUCCAAACCUUUCUAUUAGAGAGGCAAUGGUGACAGAUAUUUUGUUGGGGAAGAAUGAUAAUGUUGAAGGUGUUUGCACAUUUUUUGGGAUGAACUUCUAUGCGCCUUCUGUUAUUCUCACAACUGGUACUUUUAUGAGUGGGAAAAUUUGGGUUGGUAGAACUUCAAUGCCAGCAGGAAGAGCUGGUGAGUCGGCUUCGCAUGGUCUCACUGAAAAUUUACAGCGUCUUGGAUUUGAAACUGACAGAUUAAAGACUGGGACACCUGCACGUGUGGACUGUCGUACCGUAAAUUUUUCUGGAUUGGAGCCACAACGUGGAGAUAAUGAGGUUAGCUGGUUUAGUUUUGAUCCUGAUUACCAUGUGGAAAGAGAGCAAAUGUGCUGUUAUCUUACACGUACUACAAAGAACACUCAUCAAAUAAUUAAAGAAAAUUUGCAUGAAACUCCCACUUAUGGAGGAUGGGUUGAAGCAAAGGGGCCUAGAUAUUGCCCUUCCAUUGAAGACAAGAUUGUUAGAUUUCAAGACAAAGAGUCACAUCAAAUUUUUCUUGAACCAGAAGGCCGGAGUGUACCUGAGCUUUAUGUGCAGGGGUUUUCAACUGGUUUACCUGAGAGAUUACAGCUACCGCUCUUGAGAACUUUACCUGGACUUGAAAACUGUUCUAUGCUGAGGCCCGCUUAUGCUGUGGAGUAUGAUUACUUACCUGCUUAUCAGUGUGCUAGGUCACUCAUGACAAAGAAAAUCGAAGGACUUUUUUUCUCUGGUCAAAUAAAUGGAACAACGGGCUAUGAAGAAGCUGCUGCACAGGGAAUUAUAUCUGGAAUUAAUGCUGCAAGGCAUUCAGAUGGUAAGCCUCUCAUUAUUCUAGAGAGGGAAAGCAGUUACAUAGGGACUUUAAUUGAUGAUCUGGUUACCAAAGACCUGCGAGAGCCUUACCGCAUGUUAACAAGCCGCUCAGAGCACAGGUUGCUGCUCCGAUCUGAUAAUGCUGACAGUCGUCUCACUCCAUUGGGCUGUGAAAUUGGUUUAAUAGAUGAUAGACGAUGGAAAAUAUAUCAGGACAAGCAAGCUCGGAUCUCAGAAGAAAAGAAGCGAUUAAAAACUGUCAGGAUUUCAGGUGGAGAAUUGGCUUCAGAUGUUACUCUUUUGUCUGGUCAACCAGUGAAGGACUUGUCAACAUUGGAAACUCUCCUUAAGAAACCUCACAUACAGUAUGAAGUUUUUGAUAAACAUGGGUUUGGAAACAAACUUCUAUCUAGAACGGAGAAAGAGUGUGUGGAGAUUGAUAUCAAAUAUGAGGGCUUCAUUUUACGCCAGCAAAACCAGCUGCAGCAGAUGGUUCACAAGCAACAUACACCUCUUCCUGAGGAUUUGGAUUACUACUCAAUGACAACUUUGUCACUUGAAGCAAGGGAAAAACUAUCUAAGGUGAGGCCACAAACAAUUGGGCAAGCAAGCAGAGUGGGUGGUGUUAGCCCAGCUGAUAUAACAGCCCUCCUCAUCAUCCUGGAAACGAAACGGAGGAAAGCCCACCAGCCCCAGGAAGAGAAGCAGCAGCAAAUGCGGGCUUCUGUUUUACAAAAACAACAACAAAGAGUUGAAUGCAUCAAUUAGAUUAGAGCUGUAAUUACUCUGCUGUAACCUACCUACCCCUCUCUCUCUCUCUCAACUCCAAGCCAAUUAAGAUGAAAUGAAUCCGGAAAAUGAUUGAUAGAUUGUUGCUCAGCACAGAAUGUUCUAAUCUCAUCUAUCGUUGCCGUAAAUUUGUGUAGUAUUUUUUUUGGUUCAUAUUUUCAUUUUUGUUUUGAGACAAAAUAACUAAUUAAUGUCAAUAUCUGCUCUCCCGUUUGAGCCCUC